AAUCAGAUAAAUCUGAACUAGAAGCUUUGACUGAUGUUUUCUGUGACAAGAAAACUAAUCCAUUGUAUGUAGGCAGCGUGAUGUCCAAUAUAGGUUUUACCGCAGCGGCUAGUGGCAUUACAUCCAUUAUAAAAGUGCUCCUCGGCUACCAAAACGGUUUAUUUGCUGGUAACCUACAUUACAAUAAGCCGCGCCACGACAUAAAUGCAAUAAAAGACGGGCGAAUUUGUAUUCUUGACGAUCACUGCCACAUUAACGGAAAUUACGCAGCAGUCAAUGCCUUUUCAGUAACUGGAGUCAAUGCUCAUGUUUUGUUGAAAGGAAACCGUAAACCAAAGGACUUAGCCAAAUAUAAAUCCAACAUACCACACCUGGUGACAGUAUCAGGAAGGCAAGAUACUUCAGUAAAAAAAGUACUCGAUAAUUUAAAAUCAAGACCAAUAGAUCCAGAAGAACUAACAUUAUUUCACAACAUACAUUCGGUGGUGACUCCAGGGCAUUUGGGAAGAGGAUACACAAUUUUGGAAACACAAGAGAAUCAAACAGUAAGUUUAGGAGAAGCAGUGAACUAUUUCGAUUAUGCCAAACGUCCGUUGUGGUUUGUGUACAGCGGGAUGGGUUCUCAAUGGCCUGGGAUGGGCGCGGAACUUAUGAAUAUCCCAAUAUUUUCCGCAGCUAUUGAGCGCUGCCAAAAAGCACUCGAACCUAAAGGAAUAGAUAUCAUGCAAAUCAUAACGUCUACUGAUCCUGAUAUUUUCAAUAAUAUUCUAAACGCUUUCUUGGGUAUCGCGGCCAUUCAGAUCGGUUUGACAGAUGUCAUGUAUGCACUUGGUUUGGUUCCUGAUAAUAUCAUUGGACACAGUGUGGGCGAGCUCGGCUGCGCAUAUGCAGAUGGUUGUCUGACAGCAGAGGAAAUGAUUUUGGCAGCGUAUUCUCGUGGUCAAGCAUCCAUUGAGACUAAACUCAUCAAGGGUUCUAUGGCGGCCAUCGGGAUGGGAUACAAACAAAUCUUACCUCUGUGUCCUCCAGAAGUAGACGUGGCGUGUCACAACGGCCCGGAUUCUAGCACUAUAUCCGGCCCAGCGGAUGUGACUGCUCAAUUCGUAGCCGAACUGUCAGCCAAAGGAAUAUUUGCUAAAACAGUUCCUACUGCGAAUAUCGCGUAUCAUUCUCGUUACAUAGCUGCCGCUGGCUCAAAUCUCUUACAAAUGCUGAAGAAGGUCAUAAAAAAUCCACGUCUUCGUAGUGAACGUUGGGUUUCCACGUCUGUUCCUCAAGAGGAUUGGAAUAAUGCAGCAGCCAAAUACUGUUCCCCUGAAUACCAAACUAAUAAUUUGUUGAACCCAGUUCUAUUCGAAGAAACGUCUCAUCUGAUUCCAAAUAACGCCAUUCUCAUAGAGAUAGCUCCACGUGGACUGCUACAGGCUAUUCUGAAACGUUCUAUAUCACCUGACUGCUUUAGUAUAUCAUUGACUAAAAAAGGAAAUGGUAACGUCAUACAUUUACUUCAAACCAUUGGGAAGCUAUACAUUGAAGGAUGCACACCAGACAUCAAAGCUUUGUACCCAAUGGUAGAACUACCCGUUUCAGCAGGGACUCCCAUGCUAUCACAAUUGGUUGAAUGGAUGCAUCUACAGGAAUGGUACGUUCCAAAGCCACAAAGUACUGAAAUAAUAACUUGUGCAUUCUGCGAACAUUUAAUAUCCGUGCAUGAUAAAGAGCAUAAUUAUUUGAGAGGAAAUAUUUCUCAAGGUAAAAUGAUAUAUCCUAUUGGAGGAAUAUUAGUUCUAGUCUGGGACACUUUAUGCAUGUCGAUGCUUUUGCCCAAAAAAGAGGUAUCGGUUCAUUUCACCGACGUUCAUAUAGAAGUACAACCAAUAUUUAGUGAAGAAAAGUUAUUAAGACUGCAUGUAGCGAUCAACAAGGGAAAUGGACUAUUCGAGAUGUGGGAGUGUGUUUCUUAAAGGUAUACGAUUUCGUCAAACUCCUAGAAUUCCAUAUCCCACGAGUCUGUUGGUUCCAUCUAGCAAAAACGAAACUGAAUUGAUAGAG